GAACAAUUUGCAAGUCGCCUGUGAAAGGAGUUACAUACUGAUAACCCAUUCCAUCAUAUUUUGACGAGAAUUUUAACGCCAUCCUGAAAGCUUUCUGUGCCCAUAAAAGUUUUCAGACUGCUACCAAACUUCAACAGCAGUACUUGCAUCAUCGAUAGCUUUGCUUCUCGAAUUUCACGAUCACGAUGCAGGCAGGAACGGAGUUGAACCAGCGUCCGAAGCUCCAUUUCUUUGACCUUGCCAUUGAAAUCCGACUCAAGAUCUACAAUGAACUACUCAUUGCUUCGGACUCUGGAUCUCUGGAAAUAAAAUCCUCUGAAACCAGUCCAUCGCAUUUGAUCCUAAGCAAAAAAUACCGUCUCUGUCCUGCAAUUUUACGAAUCAACAAACAAAUCCACUUGGAAGCUUCUCCAAUUCUCUACUCCAGCAACAAAUUUGUGUUAUGUCGUCUCCAAUACUUCUAUGUACCAGGUUACAAGAUUAUCACUGAGUUUCUAGCCCAGAUCGGAGAGCGAAAUGCUCUUUUUCUUCGUUAUCUCGACAUCUACUUCCCACUGUUUCCAAAUUCGAUUUUUGGACCUAGUCAUCCCUGGCCCACUGGAAGAGAUAUUGAAGUUCUUGAAUUCGUUAUCGAGAAAUUCAAAAAUCUUGUGACGUUUAAGAUAUCUCCGUGGGACAAUUUACGAUUUGGUGGUGGCAGUAUAAGACUGGCAGUUGAUUCCUCGAGACACUCUGGGAGCCUUGAUUCCUUUGAAUCUAUUGGUAUGGGGUUGAACGUAUUUGAUGAAAGAUUCAAAGCCAUGCCAGCUUUGAAGGAGACCAUGGUAGAUUUCCAUGUGUCAAAUGCGUGGCCAGAUGAUUUAGUGGAUAGAUUUUUGAGGAAGAAGAUACAUGGUAGUAGAUGGAUGUGUCAAGUUACCAGAGAAUACAGUCUGACUGAAUCGGAUAAAGUUGGCUGUUACUUUGGCUUAUUCGCCUAGUCUCGAGUUAAAAUCAAGGAUUGAAGAAUCGAAAAAUAAUUUCUUGUGAAAAGCUUGCGGGGACACAGCUCACUAUGCUCAAUUAAGGACAAUCAAGAAAUUGCA